AUGGUAACCCGCAAGAAAGACAUAUCAUACGUUCUUAUAGACUUGAAGCCUCGAGAACUGGCUAAGAAGACAGGGGGGAGCAAGGAUGGCAAGGGAGGGAACGCUGGGGAGAACGGUGGGGGAACGCCUGGGAAGGAGGAGGAUGGCGGGAGUGACGAGCAGACGAAAAAAUUAGGGGCGGAUGGGGAGGCUGAUGGGGCAGGUGAAAAAGCAGGUGUGGGUGGGGCAGCACGGACAGCAGAAGGGGGGAAGAAGCGGAAAGGUCUCCCCCCACGCUCUAGGAAAACGGGCAAGAAGGGGGGAGGAAGGGGGGGACAUGGGGGACCCAAGGGGGGAUUGGCUGGUGCAGGGGCGGCAGGGGGAGGGCUUAUAACGGGGAUGGGGGACAAGAGGAAGGAGGCGGAUCUGGUGAAGGUGGUACCUGCGCCCAAGGGGCUGGAGAUAGAGGAUGGGCCUGAUAAGCCUGUUGUCUUAUCACGCGUGUUCCGGGCGGCACAGAUCCAGUCAGGCCACACCCGCAUAGGCUGGACCACGCAGCGGGCCGACAUGCAGACGCCCGUGGGGCUCGACGCGUGGGGGCACACAUUCCCUUCAAAUCUUCUCCUUUUCCCUCUGCCCCACGUCCCUCCCCUUCCCUCCGUCCCCCAGUUAAGCGAGGACAGGCUGUCAGCAACGAGCAGCAAGGGCUAUCGCAUGGUGCUGGCGACAAGAGGAGUGCUGGAAGGGGCGUGGUAUUUCGAAAUCCACGUGCAGCAUCUGGGGAACACAGGGCACGCCCGCAUAGGCUGGGCCACCCAGCGAGCCGACAUGCAGACUCCCGUGGGGUUUGACGCGUGGGGGUUUGGGUUUCGGGAUGUCGACGGGAGUGUGGUGCAUCAGGCGGUCAGGAGGGCGUAUGCUGGUGGGUCGCUGGAUUUCCCUCCUCUGCCUCCAGCUGGUGUUACUGCUGCUGCUGCUGCUGCUUCUCCUGCUGCUGCUGCUGCUGCUGCUGCCACUGCUGCUGCUGCUGCGGCUGCUGCUGCUGCCGCUGCUGCUGCUGCUGCUGCGGCUGCUGCUGCAGCCGCUGCUGCUGGUGACAUGGAAAAUGCACCUGACAGGAAAGAUCCACCUGGAAGUGCAUCUGCACACCCUGAAACCACUCACAACCGUUCCCAACCCCAGCUUGCGGGAGACAUAAGCAAGCGGGCCCCCGGGUUCGUGGAGGGCGACGUGAUUGGCUGCUACAUCAGCCUGCCAGGUGGCGCCAGGCUGGCGCCCAAGCCGCGCCCGCUGGUGACGUGGAAGGGACAGCCGUGUUACGUGGAGAGUGAGGAGAGCGCAAGGGGAGGCCCUCCCGUCCCUGGUAGGUGCUUCUUUCCCUUUUCAUUAUGGUAUGUGCAUGGUAUGCCUUUCCUGUGCCUCGACAAGCCGCAGCCGCUGGUGACGUGGAAGGGACAGCCGUGCUACGUGGAGAGCGAGGAGAGCGCAAGAGGAGGCCCUCCCGUCCCUGGUAGGUGCUUCUUUCCCUUUUCAUUAUGGUAUGUGCAUGGUAUGCCUUUCCUGUGCCUCGACAAGCCGCAGCCGCUGGUGACGUGGAAGGGACAGCCGUGCUACGUGGAGAGCGAGGAGAGCGCAAGGGGAGGCCCUCCCGUCCCUGGUAGGUGCUUCUUUCCCUUUUCAUUAUGGUAUGUGCAUGGUAUGCCUUUCCUGUGCCUCGACAAGCCGCAGCCGCUGGUGACGUGGAAGGGACAGCCGUGUUACGUGGAGAGUGAGGAGAGCGCAAGGGGAGGCCCUCCCGUCCCUGGUAGGUGCUUCUUUCCCUUUUCAUUAUGGUAUGUGCAUGGUAUGCCUUUCCUGUGCCUCGACAAGCCGCAGCCGCUGGUGACGUGGAAGGGACAGCCGUGUUACGUGGAGAGUGAGGAGAGCGCAAGGGGAGGCCCUCCCCCGCUGGUGACGUGGAAGGGACAGCCGUGUUACGUGGAGAGUGAGGAGAGCGCAAGGGGAGGCCCUCCCGUCCCUGGUAGGUGCUUCUUUCCCUUUUCAUUAUGGUAUGUGCAUGGUAUGCCUUUCCUGUGCCUCGACAAGCCGCAGCCGCUGGUGACGUGGAAGGGACAGCCGUGUUACGUGGAGAGUGAGGAGAGCGCAAGGGGAGGCCCUCCCGUCCCUGGUAGGUGCUUCUUUCCCUUUUCAUUAUGGUAUGUGCAUGGUAUGCCUUUCCUGUGCCUCGACAAGCCGCAGCCGCUGGUGACGUGGAAGGGACAGCCGUGUUACGUGGAGAGUGAGGAGAGCGCAAGGGGAGGCCCUCCCGUCCCUGGUAGGUGCUUCUUUCCCUUUUCAUUAUGGUAUGUGCAUGGUAUGCCUUUCCUGUGCCUCGACAAGCCGCAGCCGCUGGUGACGUGGAAGGGACAGCCGUGUUACGUGGAGAGUGAGGAGAGCGCAAGGGGAGGCCCUCCCGUCCCUGGUAGGUGCUUCUCUCCCUUUUCAUUAUGGUAUGUGCAUGGUAUGCCUUUCCUGUGCCUUGACAAGCCGCAGCCGCUGGUGACGUGGAAGGGACAGCCGUGUUACGUGGAGAGUGAGGAGAGCGCAAGGGGAGGCCCUGCCGUCCCUGACAUUCCAGCGGGCAGAUACUUCCCGGCAGCUUCCCUCUUCACGCUGCCCGACCAAUCAGAGGGCGCCACCGUGCGCUUCAACUUUGGGCCGAAAUUUUCGCACCUGCCCGAGGACUGGGGCGGUCGGCCUGUGCCGGGAGUGUUUUCGGCUGCCCCCCACAUUCCUGCUUCGGAGUAUGAAGCUGAUCUAGGGGAGGAGGGGGAAGGGAAGGAGGGGAAGGAUGGAGAGGUUAAAGAAGGGGAGGAAGGGGAGGGGAAGGAGGGGAAGGACGGAGAGGUUAAAGAAGGGAAGGAUGGGGAGGGGAAGGAUGUGGAGGGGAAGGAGGGGGAGGGAAAGCAGGGGAAGGAGGAGGAGGGGAAGGAAGGUAGGGAAGAUAAGGAGGAGAAGGAGGAGGGUGGGAGCAAAGGGUGGGGAAUCGUGAAGGAUGAGAAAGAGGAGGAUGAAGGUAAAGAGGGAGGAGAGACCAAGGAUGGGAAGCUAGAGGGUGGAGAGAAGGAGGGAGAGCAGGAGUACACAAGGAAUGGUGAGAUGGAUGAGGAAGAAGAGGGGAAGGAGGUGAAGAAAGAGAGGGAGGAUAUAGACGAGGAGAUGAAAGGAGAGGAGGGUGUGGGUGACAAAGCUGGGGAGGCCAACGAGAAGGGUGGGUUACAAGAGGACGAGAGGGGGGGAGAAGGGGGGAGUGCGGAUAUUACUGAGGGGGGAGAAGCGGAUGGCACUAGGAAUGCGGAUGGAGAGGGAGGUGAUAAUAAAUCGUGA